CCUCUCGACUGUACUCCAUAGCUGUUCUCGCACCACGUUCCAGUAUGGCUCCAGAUCCUCUUGACCCAUCCGCAGUACUCGAGACGCUCACCCAACUCAUACAAGGGAGCUCUCUACGCCUCCGCCAGCCGCAAGAUGCACUUGCCGCUCUCCUCCAUGCCGCACUGACCAGGCUAGACUUCCGCCUGGUAGGACUGACCGAGGAGGAUCGCAUCUCUGACUACAAGGCAGCCUCAUCUUCCACCGCCGAUGAGGCAUCCUCGAGUAGCGCUCCUUCUACUUCUACGCAGACCAAUGCACUGCCCGACGUCUGGAAUCGCAAUGGGUCCGAGUCAUACACCAUGCGCUACAGGCACGAUCAAUCCUCCCUCACCUUUCUUCUCAAGCUGCUCCGUAUGAGCACCCGUGUCUUGAUCCACGCAAGUGCGCUAGAGCAGAACAAGACGGCAACGUGGGAGCUGCCACUGGGUGAUUACACUUCCCCUAGCUUCUUCCCCUACCCGAAGGAUUCCGCGGGAGCAGACGCUGGAGAGAGUAGCGCUGCUGCCCAGGAGCCGCUCGUGCAUGGCUUCAUCUCAACGUCGCGACUCAGCGAUCUCUUGCUGGGCUUCAAGGGCAAAAUUGUCCAGAAGCUCAUCCCCGGUCUCCGAAAAGACGGUUACGAAGAAUCGACAGGCGCAGACGAUGACCCCACUGCAGGCUCGUCUUCCUCUUCCUCAAACCAGACCCGUCGUCCCCCUCCCACCUUCCCCGAUCCAGAUGACCCACGUCUACCAGACAGGACCGGUGAUCGCGGUUUCAUCUUCCCAGGUGGACGCAACCCUCUCGCCAUUGGGGACCGCGAUCUAGACCCACUUGGGGGCGCUCGUCCGCCCGGAGCAAUGGGCGGCUUUGGCCCUCCACCCCUCUUCGGCGGGAAUCCUGGGGGAAUCGGGACAGGUGGAGGGGGGAUGUAUGUAGGACCGGACGAUCCCAUCUUUCGCGAUCGCUUCCAGCGCCCCGGCGGCGGUGUAGGCGGGAUUGGCGGACCACCUAUGGGGCCGUGGGGAGGUGAUGGCUUCCUCCCUCCCGGGGCUGUUCCUCCAGGGGCGAGAUUCGACCCAGUAGGACCUUGGGGCGCAGGACCUGGCGCUGGUCCUAGAGGGCCUUUUGGACCUGGUGGGGCAGGCGCGCAAGGUGGUCAGGGCAGAAGGGGCGAUCCUGAUUGGGACGACGUCAGACCGCCUAGUGGCUACGAUGACAUGUUCAUGUAAUAUUGUUGAUCGGGAGAAUGGCUUUGUGUAAUGCUUGUAAUGACUAACGACUUCAUCUGUACAAGAGUCCCCAUCGUGCAGCAUUGCAAGUACUGUGGCACGAGUUCCUACUGCUGCCUUUGCCUCUCCUCCAACUACCUCGCUUUACUUGAUCAGCUCGAUCCUUUCAAUGAGCCCUUCUCCCAACCUCUCCAUCUCAGCAAGAAUCGCCUUCGUAUUCAGCGAGACAUCUCUCAGCUUACCCCCCUCUUCCCCAUGCACAGGCACGCUAUUGUACCCCAGACCGACCUUGAACUUCCUGCCGUGCU